GCGAUGAGGACCUGGGCUUGCCUGCUGCUGCUCGGCUGCGGAUACCUCGCCCAUGCCCUGGCCGAGGAAGCGGAGAUCCCCCGCGAGGUGAUCGAGCGGCUGGCGCACAGUCAGAUCCACAGCAUCCGGGACCUGCAGCGACUCCUGGAGAUAGACUCCGUAGGGACUGAGGAUGCUUUGGAGCCAAGCCUGAGAGCCCGGGGGGCCCACGCCGCCAGGCAUGCCCCCGAGAGGCGGCCAGUGCCUGUUCGGAGGAAGAGAAGUAUUGAGGAAGCCAUCCCUGCAGUCUGCAAGACCAGGACGGUCAUCUAUGAGAUACCUCGGAGCCAGAUCGACCCCACCUCCGCCAACUUCCUGAUCUGGCCGCCGUGCGUGGAGGUGAAGCGUUGCACCGGCUGCUGUAAUACGAGCAGCGUCAAGUGCCAGCCCUCGCGUGUGCACCACCGCAACGUGAAGGUGGCCAAAGUGGAGUAUGUCAGGAAAAAGCCAAAAUUAAAAGAAGUCCAGGUGAGGCUGGAGGAGCACCUGGAGUGCACAUGUACGACCUCAAACCUGAACCCGGAUUAUCGGGAAGAGGAGACAGGAAGGCCUAGGGAAUCAGGUAAAAAACGGAAGCGAAAAAGGUUAAAGCCCACCUAGAGCGGCCAACCAGACGUGAGGUGAGGACCAGCCGGCAGCCCUUCCUCGGGACACGGAUGUCCAUGGCGUGUUACAUUCCUGAACCUACUAUGUACGGUGCUUUAUUGCCAGCGUGCGAUCUUUGUUCUCCUCCGUGAAAACUGUCUCCAAGAACACUCCGGAGAACAAAGAAACAGUGUACAUUUGUCUAAUGUGACAUCAAAGCAAGUAUUGUAGCACUCAGUGAACUAUAAGAGGCUUCCUUGUCAAAAAAAAAAAAAAAAAAAAAAAAGGA